AUGUAUGAUGAAAUUGUUUAUGAAGAACCUGAACGGAUCUUAAGUAUCUUGGCAAGAGUAGAAGGAGAAGAAGAACGGAAGGCUAGAUUAGAAAGAGAACAAGAACUUCAAGAGGAUGGAAACCCUUCUCAAUCCCAAGCUCAAUCACAUGAGACCAGGAGUGUUUCGAUCCCAUUGAUUUCUAAUGAACCUUUACCGCCUGAUUUGAUGGAUGAGAAAUCCAACUUGAAAAAGGAAAAGAAACGUAAACGAGAAGGGCCAGGCCAACAGGCUAGAAACAUGUCGGAAGAUGCUAGAGCAAGACAAUCGAAUCAGACUGCUAUGAGAUCUGUGGGUGGUCGUAGUAAAUAUUCUUGGUUAUCGGGUGGUCUUCAGGCUUCACAGGUACCUACACCUACAUCAGGAUCAGAACUUCAAGGGACGAAAUCUUCCUUGAAUUUCACUCCCACCUCGAUCUUGGCUUCCUUACCGGCUCCUAAAUUCGCGCCUCAAUCGAAUCCUCAAAACUUAUCGAAACAAACCAGUACGGUUCAGUCUGAUUCAGAUUCGAACCUCAUGACAGAUCCGAUUGGAAAAGAUCAAGCAAACUCGAGUUUAUUAAACCCAACUGGGACUACCAACCAGACCCGAAAUCAGACAGGAGCAGGAACAGGAGGACAGAUGAGUAGAUUAGGUGGAUUGAUACCAGCUUCACAUUUGGCCGUUCAAGAGACUGGUAAGGUCGGAUUGAAAGAUAGUUUGUUUGCUUUGGAAAGAGAAAGAGGAACGGGAGCGGGUAGAGGGACAGGAAGUCGAGUGGUGUUUAAAACUUAUUUAAAUUCAUCAUCAUCAUCAUCGAAUGCUUUAUGAAGAAUUGAUUUGAUUUCAUUUCAUGGAUUCAGAUGAUCUUAUGUUGUCAAAGGGGUUUGGGAUCUUGGGUUCUUUUUUCGUUUUUUUUUGGUUUGUUGAAGGAUUUGAAAGUUGAUCAAUGAUGAUGAUGAUGAUGAUGAUAUAUCUCUAUGAAAGAAUAGAUCUUCUUCUUUUUUUUCUUUUCAGAAAGAAGUUUAUAAAUUGAAAUCAAAUCGUUUUGGGUUAUGUUUUUACUUUUGAAUCAUGGAAAUUACAUUUUUUUUUCGGGAUUUCCUGUUGGAACAGAAUCAUAAAGAAAUCUAUACUGAUACAUUCAUAU